AUGAAUGUGUUGCAGAUUGUUAACUGUGUAGACUUGGCAAUACAACGAGCAACGGAUGUAUCAGAACUUAUAAACUCAGUCAUUGCCGAUGAUAAUAUCAAGAGGUCCAAACGGCAAGAAAUCGGUGGAUUCAGUGAACUGAUAAGUUUGAAUGAGAACCACAUUCUGAUAGGCAGAAAAGAAACAGAACCAAGGGAUGAAGAUAAAAUGCUGCUAGAACAGGUUCAGAGCAUCGCCUCUGUGAAUACAACUGAAAAUGUGCAAAAGGCGGGGCGCAGUGAGUUGGAUGAAGUGAACGAAUUACUAGAAGGCAUUGAGGAGGAGUUCGGCUGUGCCGGUGAUUAG